AUCCAUCUCCUCUUCCAAACGGAAAACAUGGCGUUGGAGCUGCCAUGGCGCUGAUGUUAUACUAAACACUGACAGCUAACGUGCCACCGACCUUCCCCCCGCCCCUCUCACCUAUUUAUUUAUUUAUUUUUAAUAUACAGAAAAGCAAACAUCAACGGUGAUGGUUAUGGAAGAUGAUGAUGAAUAAGCAAGCCAUGGACGACGCAGAGGUGUAACUAAGCAGAGACAGACAGAGGGAACCUCUUCGUUGGAGCCUCCUUCGCCACCUUUGUCUCUGUACCUCCCACUUUAAUCCACCCCCCCCCCCCCCCCCCCCCCCCCCCUCUCUCUCUCUCUCUCUGCGAUUCCAUUCCUUCUUCCUCUCUCUUUCCUCCUCUCUGUUAGAUUCUCUCUCUCUCUUUCUCUCUCUUGUAAAUUCUUUAAUUUCUGGGUUUUUGUUGAAUCUCCAUUUUCCUCCGCUCUCUGAUCUCUGCGGCAGAGAUCAGAGACAGAGACGUUAACAAAGACAGCUACCGGGGUAGUGCCCAAUAUGGUUCGGGGCCUCCUCUCCUGCUUUGGCCGGGGCCACCCCUCAGCCUCGUCCUCCUCCUCCAAGACGUCCCCCGCCGGCGACCACCACACCGUGGCGGCGGAGGAGGCGCCAGGGGCGGGGGCAGUGCUGGUGGAGCUGUUCUCUUCGCAGGGCUGUGCCACCUCGCCGGCCGCGGAGAUGCUGAUCUCGAGGCUCGGUAGGGGGGACUUCGAGCAGGCGCUGGGCGGCCGGAAGGUGGUGGUGCUGGCCUUCCACGUCGACUACUGGGACUACAUGGGGUGGAAGGACCCUUACGGCUCCAGCAUCGCUACCGUGAGGCAGAAGGCCUAUGUGGAGGCUCUGGGACUCGACACCAUGUUCACGCCCCAGGUGGUGGUCCAGGGCCGGGCCCAGUGUAUGGGCAACGACGAGGACGCCCUGUUGGCCGCAAUCAACAGCGCCCCAAGGUUCCCUGCUCCGCCGUUCCAGGCUACUUUCCAGAGGCCUUCACCGGACUCCUUGCAAGUCAACCUGACCGGAUCCUUGCGGACCAAGGUGGACAGCAACGGUGUCAAUAUAAUGGUGGCUCUGUACGAGAGCGGAUUGGUCACGGAUUGCCCAGCUGGAGAGAACAAAGGGCGAGUCCUGUCGAAUGAUUUUGUGGUCAGGAAGCUCGAGAAGCUCUGCUCCGUGAAGGACAUCUCGCCCAAGAAGACGGUCUCAGGAACCGUUAACUUCUCACUGUGGGAUGGUUUCAACUGCGCGAAAUCUGGGAUCGCCAUCUUCGUUCAGAACAACUCUCAUCAGAUAUUCGGUUCCCAGAGCUUCCCCCUGCCGCAAAAUAUAUGAAAAGGAUUAAAGAUUACGACAUCUGUGUACAGUGUUAUCCGGCUUGGGUUAGGAUUAUUAAUGUGUUGCUUUCAUUCUUCCUCUUGGACAACUCGUUCUUUUUCUUUUAUCCGGACAUGAUGUAUUGUAGGAGAGAGGAAUUUGCGUUUCUUGUGAUCUAUUUUUUAGCUGGCCUGGAAAUGGUUUUCUAGUUUGGGAUCGAGUGAUUGACUAUGCCUAUGCUAAGCAUCCCGGUUGGGUUUUCUCGA